UUUUAGUAUCGUACCAACGUUUAAGAGCCUCGAAUAAGUUUUAUUAGUUAGUUCAAUGUUACAAAAAUGCAAAGCCACAACAAAUUUAGUGAAUCUGUUAAAAACAUCCUUUUUUAUAUGUCGAAUAUUUGGACUACUGUCUUUUGAAAUUAGAGAUGGGAAUAUUAGAGAAUCUCAAUCUGGGAGUAUUUAUUGUUCAGUUAUCAUUUUCUUUUCAAUGAUUGUCUCAUUAUUUUUUUUGUAUGCAACAAACGUUUCAGCAUUUAUGAAUAGGAUCAGUACAUGGACACUACAGGGAAAUUUUUUUUAUACGCUUUCUAGCUUACUAUUAUUAUCAAAUUAUAUCUUUGGAUCAUCUAUUAUAAUAAUUUUAAAAUAUCUCUCGUCAACUGCAGCUAAACUGCCGAAAGAAAAGUUACAAAAAAUUACAAAAUGGGCGUAUUUCAAAGAUAUAACAUUGUUAAUUCUAUUAAUGGUUCAUACGCCAAAAAUAUUUUCUGGGCCUCUUUCAACAAAGCUUUUAAAAUUACAUCUCUCUUAUUUGGUGCAAUCAUUAUUUUUUUUAGAUUUUCAAUACAUUAAUUAUGUAUAUAUUUUAGCCAGUUGUUUUGAAUUUAUAAACGAAGAACUAAUCAGCUUGAAAGAAAAUGUUCUCACGGAACAAUCGCAUCUACUCAGACGAGUCUAUCAUAAUCAAUUUAAUCCUCUAUUAUUUAUAAAAUUACAUUAUUUAAAACAAUGGCAUUAUGAGCUCAAUGAUAUUAUUAGAAAAAUGAAUGCUACUUUUAGCUUGCAAAUUGUUUCUUCUAUAAUUAUUACGUUUAGUGAAUUAACAUUUGGGUUAUAUUUUUAUAUUUAUGAUUUGCUACACAAUAAACAAAGACCAACUGAUCAGGAGUGUUGGUAUUUAUAUUAUUACGCUGUAUUGUUUUAUUUUUCUUUAAAAUUAUUACUACUCACAAUGGUUUGCCAGUUCGUUAAUGAUGAAAACUGCAAAACUUGCACAAUUAUAAAUGAAAUUAUAAUAAAUACUGAUGAUAAAUUUUUCAAAGAAGAAGUACAUAUCUUUUCCUUGCAGUUAUUACAUACAAAUAGUGCAUUCAUUGCUAAAGGUGUACAAUUAGAUGCAUCACUUCUAACAACUAUGUCAAAAGGAAUAUUUACAUAUCUCUUAAUAUUAAUACAAUUUUCUUCUACAAAUUAACCAUUUAGAUUAAUUUAUUUUGCUACAACGGAGUAUGGUUUUGCUGUGAGAAUGAUUUUCUCAAAAAUAACUGAUAAAAAUAACCAGAUAAACAGUUAUUGGAAUAAUAAUCUAACAUAAUUGCAAUUUUCAAAAAUUAGUCGCCAACAAUAAAAAAUAAUAAAUUAUUUAAAAAAAAAUAAUUUCGUACAGUAUCGAAAACAAUUGGCUUACCAAUUCAUCCAGUAUUAUGACGAGUCCAACUGUGAAAUGAA